CUAUUAAAAAAUAAAAACUGGCUCCGAGAACUCUGUAACUGUAUUCGUGUAUUUUUCCAUAAAUCUGAAAUCAGAUUAACAAUCUAAUUAAGGGACCCCUAACCAAUAUGUUAAAACUAGAAGAUUGUUCUAUUGUUAUUCAAUGUUAAUUCCUAGUUUAGUAUAAGACUGCAAUUUUUGUUGUAAAAGUUGUGACAUAUAGUUUUAAGUUGUACUUUCUAGUAUAAAAACAUAAUGAAUAACCCUCCAGGAGGAGCAUCGUCUCAAGAUGCGGCAGUACAAGAAUUCACAAUAAGAGUGCCAAAGAAUAUUAAAAAGAAACAUCAUGUGAUGAGAUUCAAUGCCACACUAAAAGUGGACUUUGCAAAAUGGACUCAUGUUAAGAUGGAACGAGAGAAUAAUAUCAAGGAAUUCAAAGGGAUUGAAGAAGAAAUGCCAAAAUAUGGUGCAGGCUCGGAGUACGGGCGAGAUCUGCGGGAAGAGGCUCGCCGCAAGAAGUUUGGCAUCACAUCUAGGAAGUACAAGCCUGAAGAUCAGCCGUGGAUCCUUAAAAUUGGUGGCAAGAAGUUCAAAGGUAUCCGCGAAGGUGGUGUGUCAGAGAAUGCUGCAUAUUACGUGUUCACUCACGGUGUUGGCAACACUAUUGAAGCAUUCCCUUUGCUUGAAUGGUACAACUUCCAACCUAUACAAAGAUAUAAGGCAUUAUCCGCUGAAGAAGCUGAACAAGAAUUUGGAAGACGGAAUAAAGUGAUAAAUUACUUCUCCCUGAUGUUUCGUAAGCGCAUGCGCGGCGAGGACGGCGCAGAUGACGGUGAUGACCCUGAUGAGAAGAAGCCCAAAGGAGCUAAGGCUAAAAAAGAGCUGAAAAUAUCAGAGAUGGAUGAAUGGAUGGCGUCUGAUGAUGACUCCGAUGACGACUCGGAGGAGGGGGACAAGGACAACGACAGCGACUCCGGCGCUAAGAAGAAAAAGGACAAAAAAGCGGCACUAACUAAGAAGAAGAGGAAAGUAGAUGAUGAAGCCUUCGAGGAAAGUGAUGAUGGUGAUGAAGAAGGCAGAGAAAAGGACUACAUAUCUGACUCAUCGGAAAGUGAAUCAGAUCACGAGUCUAAGGCGAAUAAGGAACUGAAAGGUGUCGCUGAGGAGGACGGACUCAGGAAAAUCCUAACAUCGGAGGAGGAGUCGGAGGAGGAGCAGGAGCAGAAGCAGGAGUCGGAGCAGGAGGACGAGCCCACCAAGGAGGGGGAGGAGCGCGCCAGCAAACUCACUAAGAAGGCCAAGAAGAAGGGGGAUGAAGGCAAGAAAGAGUCGAGCAGUGAGUUCAGUUCUGAUUCCGACACCGACCCUGAGACCAGCGGACCUAAGAAGACCAAGAAGACAAAGACCAGCGAAAAGAACGCGCCCGCGGCUAACUCAGCGCCGGGUUCUGCGAGCACGUCUCGCGCGGGCACGCCGCAGCCGGGGGGCGCGGGCGGGGGCGGGGGCGCGGCGGCGGCGGUGGCGGCGGCCAACGCGGCCAGCGCGCACCCCCCCAACAAGCGAGUCAAACUUGAUGCUGCCUACACCGAGUGCGGGGUGACGGAGGAGGCGGUGCGGCGCUACCUGGCGCGCAAGCCGAUGACCACCACGGAGCUGCUCACCAAGUUCAAGUCGAAGCGCACCGGGGUCAGCAGCGACAGACUCGUCGAGACAAUGACGCAGAUACUGAAGCGCAUCAACCCCCUCAAACAGAACAUCAACGGCAAAAUGUACCUCAGCAUCAACCAUACUUGAUGAAUAAACUUGUCAAUUCAU